AUGGCUGAAGAAGAUCUUGUUCGCCUUGACAUCAACGGCAUUUUUGCGGUUAUCACGCUGAACAACCCAACAAAGUUCAAUGCCUUGACGCAGAGUCUGUAUUACCGCCUUGCAAGCUUGCUUCGAGAGGCUGAAGGAAAUCCGGACGUUUACGUUACUGUCUUGAUUGGCGAAGGCCCCUUUUUCUCUGCCGGGGCUGAUCUUAAAGGGAAACCGCCAUCUAUGGAGGAGAUUUUAUCUCGCCCUUACUGGCUUCCCAAGUUGGUCAACAACAACGUUGACGUGGCUAGAGCGUUCUACAGCCAUUCGAAGAUUCUUGUCACUGCGCUGAAUGGGCCUGUUAUUGGACUUUCUGCAGCCUUGAUAUCUCACUCAGACUUUAUCUACGCGAUAUCCGACGCUUAUUUGAUGACUCCUUUCACAUCUCUCGGCCUCGUUGCCGAGGGCGGCUCCAGUGUCGCGUUUGUGCAGCGAAUGGGUCAGGGUAAAGCAAACGAGGCACUCCUUCUUGGAAGGAAAAUCCCUGUCAGUGAGUUAGCUCAGGUGGGUUUUGUGAACAAGGUCUUCGAGGGCCAAGGCAAUUUUCGCGAACAGGUGAUGCGCUACCUGCAGCAGACAUUCGGCGAUCAUCUAGUGAAGUCGAGCCUUCUGGGGACCAAGGCUCUCAUGCGUCGUCGCUUGGUUAGGGAGCAAGACGAGCAAGCACCGCUCGAAAUGUUCGGUGGCCUCGAUCGUUUCUGUCAAGGCAUCCCACAGGCCAAGAUGAGCGAGGCUCUUUCCAAGAGCAAGACAUCUCGACUUUGA